AAUGAUGAAAUGCAAACUCGGAAGUGAUUUGAGAGUUUUUCUAUGAAAAUAACGCCAAGUAGUCUGUUUUCCUUCCACCUCGUUAGUUGAAUAGAGUGUAUGUGCAAGGCAAGAUGAUGUCUGUGACUUCUGUUGUGAGGUUAUUAACGAGAAAGAGCUGUGUAAAAUGCGGAUCAAAACAAGUUCAGCCUCACAGGUUUUUCAAGAGGGAGGCUGGCGAUGGAGGAAGAAUAAAGACCACAAAGGCUAAGAAGAAGAUCGUUGAUGCAAAGUUUAACGAGAAGGGAAGUUUAGAGAAGUUUGAAGUUCAGUAUGAUUCCAACCAUGUGAUAGUUCCCUACAGGUCUCUUCUCAAGCCGUUUGGCUUUGCUUGUUUGUUCACUGGAUGCAGCUUUGCUGGUGCCGCUAUUUGGCAGUAUGAAGGUUUACGCUCCAAGGCUCUGGAGACAUUUAAAAGGCAACUUGGACGACACACAAGUAGUAUUCCCAAGGCUGGUGAACUUAGGCAGAGGGUAAACCAAUGGUUUGGAAGCUUAUCCGGUACAGAGAAGGUGACGUUAGGGAUAGUGGCUGCAAACAUCGCUGUCUUUGCCUGUUGGAGAAUACCAGCCAUGCAGUUCUUUAUGAUCAAGUGGUUCAGUGCCUCACCUGCCUCAAGUGCUGUAUGUCUACCUAUGGUGCUUUCCACCUUCAGCCAAUACUCCUUCUGGCAUCUUGCAGUCAACAUGUACGUCUUGUGGAGUUUUGCUCCUGGUAUAGGCAUGGCACUAGGAAAGGAGCAGUUUCUUGCCAUGUAUCUAAGCUCAGGUGUUUGGGCGUCGUUUGCCAGCUAUGCACUCAAAGUAGCCACCUGCAAGUAUCAUCCUUCCCUAGGCGCUUCUGGUGCCAUCAUGGCGGUUCUUGCAGCAGUGUGCACACAGUACCCUGACUCUAGGCUUGCUAUCGUCUUCCUACCCUUCAUCACAUUCUCAGCAGGAUCAGCCUUGAAGUUUCUCAUCGGGAUGGAGUCCAUGGGUGUCGUAAUGGGAUGGCAAUUCUUUGAUCAUGCAGCUCAUCUCGCUGGCCUACUGUGUGGAUGUUACUACAUGUCCUACGGCCACAAGCAAAUUUGGCAGAAGAGAGAACCUUUGAUGAGUGCGUGGCACAAGUACAGAGGACCCAAGGAGAUUUGACAAAACGGAUGAUUUCAGCUUAGCCCAGCCACAUCGCACAAAGUCCAGGGGUGGAUUUCACAAAGAAGUGGAGACUAGUCUUAUUUCGAGUUAGAUUACUCAUCCUAACGAGUUACUCGUCCUAACUUAGGACCAGCCUUAAGUUUUGGAUAACUCCUAAACAGUCCUAGGACUAGAGUCCUAGGACUAGUCCUAAGUUAGGACUAUCUUUGUGAAACCAACCUCUGGUUUACUGAACAGUUGUAUCGAACCAUCCCUGUUUAUGCAAGUGUUGACGCCCCUACUCAAAAAAACGGAAAAUUCCAGUGAAUGUGACUGUAUAUCUUUAUACUAAACUGUACAAUUUAUUCACUCACACACAACACUCAAAUUAGACAUCAAAUAUACACAUAGUUGUGUAUCAAAUAUACAAAUAGUCUUAUUUUAAACAUGUAACCAAAACAGUCUGGAUCCCUUUCGGCCCCCUAAAUACAAAUAAGUGUGUAUUAUUGUUGACAGUCAUACAGCACAGGGAACAUGACAAAGAUGGUAACAAAGAAUGUUUUGAUGACUGAAGCCAUGUCCGACUCAGGCAAGUUCGGCUAGGGCUUCAGCUUUAUCCACUGUCUGCAACCAUAACACUGAGUAAUAUGCUUUUCAGCCCUCCUGCUGUUUCAACGGCCGAAACCAUCAAUUUGAACAAGGCCAGACAAAACUAAACCUUAAAGGCAGUGGACACUAUUGGUAAUUACUCAAAGUAAUUAUUAGCAUAAAACCUUACUUGGUGACGA